AUGUGGGACUAUGCGAGUGGAGUCGAGGGCGAAGCUUGUUGCACAAGUCUAUUAAGAAUAAAUUUGUUUACCGAUCAAACUCACCUGCGGAACAGCUGGUCUCCGAACAGAGCCUCCGGCGGCUUCCUGCAUCGUAAUGGGCGCGAGGAGAACGGCUACGCGGGCUCGACGGCGAAGGUUGCCACAGAGCAACCGCGCAGAGGCGACACCGAAACGCCUACACUCAACUACAGC